UCUAGUAUUGACGCUGUCUUUACCUGCUCUCUUCUUCUCCCUCUUCUCUCGGAGUUUCAAGCACAGAAUUAGAAGUCUUAUUACAGACAAAUCUUCACCAUGUUGCAGAUCAGCUCAGCUAUUCCAGUGCACAACCCUCACAUGUUUCAGCUCAGACGUUCUAGUUUUCGGUGCCAAUCCUCGCCUUUAAAUCCUUCCACGAAACCAUCGCCGCCGGCUUCCACCGAGUCCACCACUCGUUUGCACCUCGCAAACCUCGAUAAGCUCCUUCAGAAGCAACCGGCUCCUCCAAUCACCCAAUUCCAACAACAACAACACCAACAACAACAGCCACAGCCUAUCCAGAAGGAAACCAACGACGAUAAGACCAAGUCGAAAAACAUAGUCGAAGGCCUUAGUUUAGCGAGGCUAUGGCCAGAAAUGAAGGCCACAGAAGAGAUGUCUCCGAGGCAUCUCAACCAGUUACAGCGUCUGUUAUCGAAGACGGCGGAAUAUUCCCCUCGGAACGUUCUCGGCAGCCGUUGGAUGGAAUAUCACGGUAGCAACGAUUGGAAAGGACUCCUCGAUCCGCUGGACGAGAAUCUCCGGCGAGAGGUGGUCAGGUACGGCGAGUUCGUACAAGCAGCUUACCAUUCGUUUCACUCCGAUCCCGCCAUGUCACCGGAGGAGCCGCCCAUGCCCCGACGGGUCCUUCCGGCUGAUAGGUCCUACAAAGUCACGAAGAGCCUCUAUGCCACGUCAUCAAUCGGGUUGCCCAAAUGGGUGGACGACGUGGCUCCGGAUCUCGGGUGGAUGACCCAACGGUCGAGUUGGAUAGGGUACGUCGCCGUUUGCGAUGAUCGGGGGGAGAUCGCGAGGAUGGGAAGGAGAGACAUCGUAAUCUCUCUCCGUGGGACAGCGACAUGUCUAGAAUGGGCCGAGAAUAUGAGGGCCCAGUUAACCGACAUCCCACCAAAGAGGGAUGACGAUGCGUCAGCUUCAGCCCAAGAAAAGCCCAAAGUGGAGUGUGGGUUCUUGAGCCUGUACAAGACGAGAGGGGCUCACGUGCCGAGCCUGGCCACGUCUGUGAUUGAAGAAGUGAAAAGGCUCAUGGAAGUGUACAAGGGUGAGACACUCAGCAUCACCGUGACAGGUCAUAGCCUCGGCGCGGCGCUGGCAUUACUCGUGGCUGAUGAGAUCAGCACGUGUGAUGCUGACGUGCCACCAGUGGCGGUAAUCUCCUUUGGCGGGCCUCGAGUGGGAAAUAAGGCCUUUAAGAAUCGAUUAGUGGCCCAAAAAGUAAAAGUACUAAGGGUAGUAAACUCUCAAGAUGUAAUCACUAGAGUUCCAGGAAUGUUUGUGAGCGAAGAAGUUGAACAAAAGCUAAGGAACUCCAAGGUUGGAGAAAUGGUAGAAGACAUGGGGUUGGCUUAUACACAUGUGGGAGUAGAGCUACGCGUAGACACGAAGAUGUCACCGUAUCUGAAGCCGAAUGCUGACAUGGCAUGUUGUCAUGACCUGGAGGCUUAUUUGCACUUGGUGGAUGGGUUCUUGGCAUCAAACUGUCCGUUCAGAGCAAAUGCCAAGAGGAGCUUGGCAAGAUUAAUGCAAGAUCAAACAUCAAAUAUGAAGAAGCUAUAUACCAGCAAGGCACAAGCCUUGAGUGUAAAUCUAGCCAGACAAGGCUCCUUCUCUAUGCCUAGUUGUCUGCCUAGUCCAUCUUGAACUAUAUAGGACCAAGUAAAUGUGAAUAUACAAAAGUUUCACUCA